UAAAUAUUAUAUCAAAAGUGGACAUAUAGAGAACAUAAAAAAGGUUUGUGAGCAAACAAUUACCAAAUGUAACAGUUAGUUAGUUAGUUCUUUAACAUAUUUUUAUGUAGGUCUAUUUAAAAACAGUCCCCAGAAAAUACUUGAUUGUCUGUCAGAUGACUCAGUCUCUGUUUGACACAUCCAUUGCCUCUUUUGGCCUUUAUAUAUAGUUCAUCUGUUCCCCUGUGUGUUGAUGUGGCCAUCUGAGAGUCUGUUUGAACCAUUUAAAGGCAUUAUUUAAUUUAUCUCAGGGUUAACAGGUCCAUUAGCUGGUCCCCCUGACAGUUAUUUUUCAGUUUUGGAAAUCCAGCCCCAGGUGUGCAUUAGAACAUGGAUUAGAGAGAAACCUGCACCUGUGGUUGCGAGUCUCCAGAUGACGACAUAACAUUACAACUCAUUUUAGGAGGACUGUAUAAAGGAGACCAAGAACAACACACUUCAUCUUGAACAAAGACAGCAGUUUUAGCAUGGAGUGGAAAGGAAGGGUGCUGGUCCAGUUGUUAAUGCUAGUGUGUGUGUUGGAGGUUAGUCUUUGCCAGCACUGGUCAUACGGUUGGCUUCCUGGUGGAAAGAGAAGCACUGGUGAAGUGGAGGCAACAUUUAGGAUGAUGGAUCCCGGUGAUGCAGUACUGUCUAUUCCUGAAGACAGUCCAAUGGAGCGGCUUUCACCGAUACGCAUAGUGAAUGAGGUGGACGCUGAAGGUUUGCCUCUGAAAGAACAGAGAUUUUCCAACAGACGAGGAAGAGUUUAAAAACAUAAAAGAUGAAGAUAAACCCUUGGAGCCAAUGGGAAUAAAAUUCAGUUUUAUUCCAUGGGAAUAACAUGUUUUAUUGAGUCCUGCUGAAAUAUCCUAUUCGUUUGGUUUUAAUAAAUAUACUGCACUGGAGGUAUAUAUAAUGU